UCGUCCCGAGGAGAAGGCGGAAGCGGCGCCCGGCGAGGAGCGGAGCGGCCCGCGGGGCUGGCGGGCGUUCUGUGUGGCACUCGACCAGCUGCUAUGAGCUUGCUACACAGUGACAGCAGCUGUGGGGCCCGAGACAUGGAUGGUGGCUGCUGUGCGGCCAUGGCCAGCGCCUGCAGCGGGGGAGCGAAAGAAGACAGCGUGAGCGUUGGCAGUGGGACCGGCAACCCGCCCAGCUCCUUCACGGAGGAGACGCAGGGAUACGACGUGGAGUUCGAUCCGCCCUUGGAAAGCAAAUAUGAGUGUCCGAUCUGCUUGAUGGCCCUUCGGGAAGCAGUGCAGACGCCGUGUGGGCACCGUUUCUGCAAAGGCUGCAUUGUCAAAUCAAUAAGAGAUGCGGGUCACAAAUGUCCAGUAGACAACGAAAUUCUACUUGAAAAUCAACUUUUUCCAGACAACUUUGCAAAACGGGAAAUCCUUUCAUUAACAGUUAAGUGUCCCAACAAGGGCUGCUGCAUGAAGAUGGAGCUGAGACAUUUAGAGGAGCACCAGUUGCAUUGUGAUUUCACUGCUGUGGAAUGUCCACAGUGCCAAGGAGCCUUUCAGAAGAACCACCUGAAAGAGCACAUGACACAGGAGUGUCCCCGGCGACAAGUGUGCUGUCCAAACUGUGCCACAUCUAUGGCUUAUGAAGAUAAGGAGCUUCAUGACCAAACCUGCCCUCUUGCCAAUGUAUUCUGUGAAUAUUGCAACACAAUGCUCAUCAGGCAGCAGAUGCCCAACCAUUACGAUAAUGAUUGUCCUACUGCCCCAGUACCGUGCUUUUACAGUGCCUUUGGGUGUCCUGAAAAGAUGCAGAGGAACGAGCUGGCACGACACAUGCAGGAAUUCACUCAGGUUCACAUGAGAAUGAUGGCUCAGAGCAUUCAAAAUAUCAGUGUUACUGCUACAAACCCUGUACCCUUUAUCAACGGCCUACCGUUUGAGCCUGCCCUCUUCUCCCAUGUGUCACAUGCGCCAUAUAAUUGUAAUCCAGAAGUUGAAAACUUUAAAGAAACUAUUCAGCAAUUGGAAGGUCGUCUAGUGAGACAAGAUCACCAAAUCAGAGAACUCAUUGCAAAGAUGGAGACGCAGAACACUCACAUGGCAGAACUCAAACGUACCAUCCGAAAUUUGGAGGGAAAGAUUACUGAAAUGGAGGCACAACAAUGUAAUGGUAUUUACAUCUGGAAGAUCGAGAACUUCAGUGGACUUCAGAAAGCCCAGGAAGAAGAGAGGCCUGUUGUGAUGCACAGUCCCGGCUUCUAUACUGGAAAACCUGGCUACAAGCUGUGUUUGCGCCUGCAUAUCCAGUUACCAAAUGCUCAGCGGUGUGCUAAUUUUAUAUCUCUGUUUGUCCACACGAUGCAAGGGGAAUAUGACAGCCAUCUGCCCUGGCCUUUCCAAGGCACUAUUCGACUUUCUAUUUUGGAUCAAUCGGAAGGCCCCGAGAGGCAGAAUCAUGAAGAAGUAAUGGAAGCCAAGCCAGAGUUACUCGCCUUCCAGAGACCAACGAUUCAUCGCAAUCCAAAAGGUUUUGGUUAUGUGACUUUCAUGCACCUGCAAACUUUGAAGCAAAGAACCUUUGUAAAGGAUGAUACCCUUCUGGUGCGCUGUGAAGUUCUAACACGUCUAGAUUUGAACAGCCUUCGCAGGGAAGGAUUUCAAGCUCGCAGUACUGAUGGAGCUGCGUAACCAAGUCUUAACUAGAGGGAUGGAGGCCUGGUCGUACUCUUCCACCACAGAUACACGCGUGCUCCACUAUCCAUAUAGGCUGAAUAAGAUCGUAAAUGCUGCCACGGUUGAUCUUCACUUGAACAGCUCUAUGAGGUCGUGUUUGAAUACUAGCAAUUGUUCUCUAUUAAGUUGUAAGCUACUUCUGUAGCAAGCUAACUGAAAGUGUGGUUAAUCAAAAUUUAACUGCCUACAAGAAAAUCUUACUGAAGUACCUACACAUUUCUGUUUGGCAAAGUGCAAGCAAGUCAUAUCAGAAAAGACCUAUAAAUCUUUGCAGCUCAGUGCCUUGGAGUAGGUACUGCAGCAGGGAAAUCAUAGGUAGGUAAAUUAAUAAAAAUGAGGGUUAGGCUUUUUUUCAUGGAGCUUGGGAAAGCUUUGCCUUGGGUGAGAUGGUUUCUAUGUUGACUUACCUAGAAUUUUUAAUUGACUAUGUUUCUCUUGAAAUGAAGUCAGGUUAAAGCUUUGCUGACACAACUUAAAGCGAGAUGCUUCGACCCUUCUUUGCUGCAGUAAGAAAUUGUGUGUCAAUAUCAAGUUGAUAGUAGAAUUUCUGAAAGGUAGGUGGUAGUGUUGUGAGGAAGGUUAAAGGAGCCAAGCUCUUAGAAAUAUUUCUAAGAUGGUCUGAAAGUGCUACUCCCCACUGCUCUUUAUUUUGACCCUAACUUUUGUAUGCAAGUGCGUGUGCUGUGUGUUCCAGGCCCAGAAUCUCAAUUGCUGUUACUAGAGGUAAGUGUAGCAUUAGACUGAAAGGUGUUUUUGGGCGGAGGGUAGAGACAUGAGCAAAGGUGUACAGUGACUAGACAGGGUUGCAGAAUUUUAUUGUUGAAACCUAAAUUAUAGCAGUGUUGAACUUGGGAAUCUGCAUCUGAGUCAUCCCUUCCCUUGAUGUUCUGGGUGAUAGGAGCUAUAUUAAUCUCCUCUUAAUACUCAGUGGACAGCUGGCCGUGUCAGCGUACAGCUGUUGUGGCCAUUUCCUGUCCCAUUAGACAAUAGGACCUUGGACCUCCUUAACACUUCAGGAGGAAAGAAAAGCCUGCUAAUUAGUGUGAGGGAAAAAUUGCAGUCCUGUUUGUUCUCAGGAAAAAAAGCCUGUCUUCCUUAACAGCUCUUUAACCAAACACUAAGUUCACUAGUUCAAGGAUUCAUGAGCUUCCUCAUGUUGCAUGUGUUGUUGUUUUCUCUACUUAUUCCAUAUACAUACUAGUUUUGACCAGUCAAAGCAGAGUAGAUAAGUUCACUGGUGCUAACGAUUUACCAUAGUACUGAUAAAGCAUGGAUCUUUUCCUUCAAAAAUAGCAAAGAGAAGUCUUGUUUGCUCCCGAACUGAAGUGUGCAGCCUAAGGCAGAGUAAAGAAGUAGCCCUGCAGGAGCAUCUCUUUUCCAUUAUUUCUGCAAACCAGUGAAACAGUGUGAGGAUUUGGGAUGCCACAACUUAGAAGACACUGAAAAGCAGCCCAAAUAAGCAGUCUCUUCAAAACAACCUCAUGGGGAUCAUCAUUUAGAAAACGUAUUUAAGUGCAUAUACUUAAUAUGCACAAGACUAAGGAACAAGUACUGCAGUACAUUGAUAUGGGAGAUUUCUCCAUGUACUUGUAGGAGCUUAGAAGUUGCAGGCCUCUACCUUUACUGGUUUGUUCAGCUGGAUGCAAUGAACCAAUUUAUUUUGCAGAUAGAGACUGGUAUCUGCAGAGAGAUUGUUAAGCGUUGUUGCUACUGAAUACUGAACUUCUGGCUAAUUGUGACAGUCACAAGUGACUUAUUAGUGUAUUUGGUGUGUUUGGAGGGCUAGUGAGCUUAUAUUAAUAACAGGAAAAGAUCCUUGCUUUACAUCUGUCUUUUUAAACCUCUUAAGUCAAUUUUGUACUGCGCAGUCUCAUCCCAUUAACUGGAUUGUUCCACUGUGCCUCCAGUUAAAGCAGUGUUGGUAACUCAGCCAUUCUCACUGAAAAGCUUUUAAUACCUGUAACAGUACUCAGAUCUGCGAUAGCCAGAAGGCAGUUCUUUGCACUGCACAGCAGUUCUGCAGUCCUUCUCAGGCUGUUAGUUAGCCAUCUUUUUCCAACAUACUCAAACAUUACCAUUCUCAUUUUUCUGGGUGGGUCAGGGGAGAAAGGCAGAAGAAGGACUGCUCAUUUAUAGCAAGAAGCAGCUCUCGGUUCCCUACUCAACCCUGGUGAUGUUAACAAAAGGGCCCUGUCUGUACUCUAUAACAAAGACCCACUAAGUGCAUUAAUACUUUGCAUCUGAAGCUUUGUGUUAGGAAUUCUCACCUACAGCAAACUGAAUUCUUGCUUUGAGCCUUUUCUGCUACAUUUGAUAGAGUUACGCCUCUAGUUGAAACUCAGUUUGGUGGCAGGUUGAGAAGUUCAAAUGAUUCAGGCUAACAUUGUACAAUAGCACAACCCAGCAGCGAAUAGAAUAUAAUAGAAAGCAUGUAUUGACCGUGUAAGUAGGAGCGCUCAACUCACUGCUAUUCUACUCCUUUCUGUUGUGAUAUUAUUUAGUAGAACUCUGAGUGAUGCCGUUACUGUAAUGCCAGAGUUUUACAUAAGAAGCUUUGACAGCUAAUGUGCUAAAUAUUAAUUUCUCCUGCCCUGAAACAUAAAUGUUAAUGAAACAUUAAUUUGUGUAUUUGUUCCAGUUCCCUUAUUCUUUCCCCACCUUUAACUGCAGUUCCAGUGCUUUCUCUUCCAAAUAAGAGCAGCAUCUUCAGCCAAUGGAAUACUUAGGAGUCUGGAUUGGUCCCACCUCUCAUGACUAUUACCCUUUAUUCAAACUUUCCUGAGGUUAGUACUAAGGUGCUCAGUUUCCAUAUGAAAAUAUUCUUAAUUAAAUGACCUUUUUUUUUUUUUUUUUUUUUUUUUUUCCCCAGCCUUACAAAUGUGAUCAUCUGUUUUGAAAAAUCAUUAUGCCAGGGUGGGUUGAGAACUCCUUAAAGGAAGGGGAAUAGUGUGCAGCCUUGAGAGUUGUACCUGAAACAAACACAAAAAUAGGAGUGUUAAGUCAGCUUCCUGUAUAAUUUCUUCAGGAAUGAGGUUCUCCACUUGUGUCACUCUAGACGCUUUGCAGCAUUAUUAGAUCUCAAGGUGUUUUAGUAAGUGGCUUAGCUUAUUUAUCUUCUGAAUUUCUGUCAUCUUGAACGUGUUUCAAGUCAGACUCUUAGUUUAUGUAUUUGCAAAGCUGCUAUGGCACAUUUUCCAAUUAUAAUAUAUUGCAAAUGUGUUCUCUUUUUGUCUCUGAAUGUCUUCCCCUGCAGGGCAGGGAAAAAAUUACUGAAAAUGUUGGUAUGUGAUCUAUAUUAAGUGGUCUCAUGGCAUGCCUGGUUGUGUUUGCGAGCGAGGGCUUGAACUCGCUAAUGAAAGAAAUCAGGGUGGCCUUUCUGCUCUUGUCUGGAGAGAGACUCUCAUCAUCAAGUACCUUAAUGAUAGAUGCAAGAGAUUAUUCUGGGGUCAGUGUUAAAGGUUUGUAUUGGUUUCCAUUUGAACAGAAUUUAAGGUACUCUUGUUCCUUUUUAAAAUAUCAAUAGAUUAAUAUAUUUUGUAAUUAAUACACAGCUAUAUUUCUGACAGGAUUUUUUAAAAAAUAAAGUAAUUAAACCAUG